AUGAUGCGUCUCAACAACAACUCGCUGUCCUCGUUGGGCUCCAACAAGGACAAGCAAUUGCCGCCCAUUCCCUCGCCCGUGCCGACGUCUCCGUACCCGUCAUCGCCGUUGGCCGCUUCGAACGCCAGAAGAACUGCAAAAGACGGCUCCAAAGAUCUUCUCCAGGCUAAGACGUUGCGUCGCAAGAACUUCAAGAAACUCUCGUUGGACGCUUCGCCCGUCAAGGAGUCCAAACCCAUCGACGACUCAGAAAACAUCCUCAAUCUCAAAACAACCUCCUUGCGACAGAAACGCUUCAACAUGAGGCCUGCGCCUGUGCUCAACUUGAACAUCGACACAACGUCGUCCUCCACUCGCAUCGUGCCCCAGACCCUCACCAGCCUCAACAUCAACGACAGCAACCGCAAUAUCGACCCUGACUCCCAGACAUCCCACAACAUCAUCAUCGACGAGCUCUCCAACAUGGAGCUAGCCACCAUGAAGGACGCUGCGCCAAAGCUACCCGUCCAUCGCAAGCGCCAGACAGUGAUAUCGUCGAUUUCCCCGACCAAAUCCACCGCAACCUCGCCUUCCGACGCGAAGUCCACCUCCGACAUUUUCACGGAAACCCUGUCUCCCAUCGCCACCACGUCGUCCCUUAAGCUCAACAACAACGACAUCGUCACCCUCAAGAGCUUGGGGGCCGGAAACUCGGGCACAGUGUCCAAAAUAUUGCAUGUUCCCACCCAGAAGAUUAUGGCCAAGAAAAUCAUCCACAUCGACCUGAAGACCGUGAUAAAGACCCAGAUCAUCCGUGAACUCCGCAUCCUCCACGAGUGCCAAUCGCCCUACAUUAUCGAGUUCUACGGGGCGUUUGUCAACAAUAACAACACCAUCGUCAUUUGCAUGGAGUACUGCAACUGCAGCUCUCUCGACAAGAUCUCACAGCUCUGCGACGGCAGGCAGUUUCCGUUGUACCUGUUGAAGAAAGUAGCAUAUGCCAUUUUGUCGGGGUUGACCUACCUCUACACGGCCCACAAAAUCAUCCAUCGUGACAUCAAGCCCAGCAACGUGUUGAUGACCCAUAAAGGCGAGUUCAAGUUGUGUGAUUUUGGUGUCAGCCGCGAGUUGACCAACUCGUUGGCCAUGGCUGACACCUUCGUGGGGACCUCCACCUACAUGUCGCCAGAGCGUAUCCAGGGACUAAACUAUGGUGUCAAAUCCGACGUGUGGUCCAUGGGGUUGAUGCUCGUAGAGUUGGCCAGUGGCUCGCCUGUUUGGAGCGAGGAUGACGAUGCUGACAAGUCCUUGGCAGGAAACGGUGGUCCCGAAGGGAUUUUGGACUUGUUGCAGAGAAUUGUCAACGAAACUCCUCCUACCUUGACCAAUAGGACGAACCCAUUGACCAAGGGUCCAUUCGACCCCUCAUUAUGUGCAUUUAUCGAUUCGUGUUUGAUCAAGAACGAUUCUGUAAGAAAGUCUCCAUGGGACUUGUUGCAGGAAGAAAAUGGUUUCAUCAGUGGGGUCGCCGAGGGAGUCUAUGAUAAAGACGUCAAGUCGUGGGCCAAAAAGAUUAGAAAGUUGCAUAAGGAUAAAACAGAAGGGGAGAAAUAG